AUGUCAAACUUAGACAAUGCCGUUAUGGUCCGGGAUGACCAAGGAAAUCCCUUCAUUUUGGUUCGCGACCAAGACAAGAAGAAAAGAUUGCAUGGUAUAGAAGCCGUUAAAAGCCAUAUCCUCGCAACCAAGACUGUUGCCAAUAUUGUCCGUACAUCUUUAGGACCUCGCGGAUUGGAUAAAAUUUUGAUUUCUCCAGAUGGAGACAUUACAGUCACGAACGAUGGUGCUACUAUUUUAGAGCAAAUGGAAGUUGAACACCAGAUCGCCAAGUUGCUGGUUCAGUUAUCAAAAUCUCAAGAUGAUGAAAUCGGUGAUGGUACGACUGGUGUUGUAGUGUUGGCUGGCUCCUUGCUUGAACAAGCUGAGAGUUUGAUUGACAAGGGUAUUCAUCCUAUCCGAAUUGCAGAUGGAUUCGAAAGAGCUUGUCAACAUUCCGUCAAACAUUUAGACUCGAUAUCCGACAUUGUUAAUUUUGAUAAAGUGGACACCACAAACUUGUUCCGCGCUGCAAAGACUAGUUUGGGAAGCAAAGUGGUAUCGAAAGCCCACGAUCACUUUGCCAAAAUCGCUGUUGAAGCAGUCCUUUCUGUUGCUGAUUUUGAACGCAAAGAUGUGGAUUUUGAAUUAAUUAAAGUAGAUGGAAAGGUUGGUGCUUCUGUGGAUGACACGACUCUCGUCAAAGGUGUGGUUGUUGAUAAGGAUAUGUCUCACCCUCAAAUGCCUCAUCGUAUUGAAGAUGCAAAGCUUGCCAUUCUAACAUGCCCUUUCGAGCCUCCCAAACCCAAAACCAAGCACAAAUUGGACAUCACAUCGGUGAAUGAGUUUGAGGCUUUACAAAACUAUGAGAGAGAAACGUUUGAAGGCAUGAUUAAGCACGUGAAGGACGCUGGAGCAAACCUUGUUAUUUGCCAAUGGGGUUUUGAUGAUGAAGCUAAUCAUUUACUUUUGCAAAAUAAUCUUCCGGCUGUCCGUUGGGUGGGUGGACCAGAGAUUGAGUUAAUUGCCAUCGCUACCAAUGGACGCAUUGUUCCUCGAUUUGAAGAUCUUUCUAGUGAUAAACUCGGUAAGGCUGGAUUGGUUCGUGAAGUCACUUUUGGUACCACUCGCGACAAGAUUUUGGUGAUUGAACAGUGUGCUAAUACUCGUGCUGUGACCAUUUUUGUCCGUGGAAGUAAUAAGAUGAUAGUUGACGAAGCCAAACGUGCUCUUCAUGAUGCUUUGUGUGUUGUACGAAACUUGAUUCGUGAUAACCGCGUUGUAUACGGAGGUGGUGCUGCAGAAGUUUCAUGUUCCUUGGCAGUCAACCAAGAAGCAGAAAAGAUUCCUGGUAUCGAUCAAUAUUCUAUGCGUGCCUUCGCAGAUGCUCUAGACACCGUUCCUUUGGCCUUGGCGGAAAACAGUGGUUUGUCAUCUAUUGAGGCCUUGACUGCUGUUAAGGCACGUCAGGUUAAAGAAAACAAUUCUCACUUGGGUAUUGAUUGCCUUCAUACAGGCCACAAUAACAUGAAGGAGCAAUUCGUAAUUGACCCUCUCAUUGGCAAGAAGCAGCAAUUACUUCUUGCUACUCAACUUUGCAGAAUGGUUUUGAAGGUGAAUGAUAUUAUCGUUGCCGGCUCAAAAGACGACGAGUACAAUUAA